ACGCUAUAAAAAUCUAAUUACAAUCAACAUCAUGGAUAAGGAAUUAAAAAUACUGAUUUAUAUAUUUGUUAAGGUUGCAUUUUUUGCUUAUCACUAUGUCACAUGGGUGAAUAAUUCUUUGUAGAUAGAAUUACGCGAAGAAGAGUAUUUUUGUUAUCGCCAUUAUCAAGUCCUUGUUUUGUUGAGGUCAAAUUCAGAUAAAGUUCAAUUCUAGUUGCGUGAAGGGAAGUAAAAAUAAAUGGUCUGUAUCAUACUUAGAUUUCAUAUUUAACAAAACUGAGUAAAGGACAUUUAUCGCUUAAUACUUCUAUUGCAUAAAUGGCCGAUAAUGGAGCUUGUUGUUCAGGAUCGAAUCUUGUGGUUGAUGUCAAUAAUGAAGAAGAUAAUGAAGAUCCUGGAGAGUUCGAGAUAAGUCACUGGAAUGAGGACGCGGAAGAUGAAGAAACGAACGAUUCCAAUAUUGGAGCGUUCAGCCAAGAUGCUGAUACCAUCUCAUAUAUGGACACAUCACUGUUUUUGGAAUUUCCAAAAUUUUCAAAAGGCUUUAAGGCGUCUGACUUUAACGAAUUUGUGCAGAAGUACGUUGGCGAGGAAAACGUCGUGAGAUUGGAGAAUUGGGGACAUCCCAACGUAUGGCUGAUGCAGGUGGAAAACGAAGAAAUCCGUGAAAACUUGCUUCGAAUGUGGAAAACCAAAAUUAAAAGUAAAACUUGUUGGAUUAAACCUUAUUAUGAAUACGAACUAAGAGGGUUUCUUCACUGGUUGCCGCAUUUCGUAUCUGAUGAUGACGUGAAAACGCAAUUAGCUCAAUUUGGAGAUGUUAUACUCUUGGAAAAUGAAACUCACGAAUACUGGAAUGGUCAAAUUAUGAGUGACGUCAGAUAUUUCGGUUUGCGCCUUAAAGAUGGUAUGGUUAAGAACGACUUGCCCCAUUUCCUGAAAUUUGACGGGUAUAGAACUUUGGUGAUUGUUCGAGGAAGACAACCAGCAUGCUUCCACUGUAGAGAGUUCGGUCAUAGUAAAAGAGACUGUAAAAGAUACAAGGAAAGAUUGGAUAAAUAUUGCAAGAACCCUGAAACCUCAAGACCCCGAACAAAGCCUCGUGGUAGGCGACACAAACCUGUCUCGGACAAUGAAAAUGACGAUGGUAAUAAGCAUCAAGAUAAAGCUAAAUCUAAUUCAGCAAGUACCAACCUUGCGCAGAAAGAUGCUAAACACGUGAAAUCUUGUCUCAAACGUACUUGUUCCUUGAAGAAACCGGCAGAUGAUAAAAAGAGUAAAGAAAUACUAGCUAUCCUUCGAUCUCUUAAAGAAUGGGAAGAAUGCACUGUAGAAAUGAUGGAACAGGUAUUAUCAAAUAUAGAAACAAAUUUGAUGCACUCAAUUCUACCUAAAAUAACUGAAACGGAGGAUGAAUCUUCCGUGUUACUGAUCGAAACAAUGAUCAAAACAUCGGUAAAUCAGAUGAAACAAAUCACUAUUAGUAUGAUCAAGCAAACUUUGAAUAAUUUGAGAAAUAUUGUUGUCAAGCAUUUUGGAUUGGAUUCCAAUGAACCGCUCGAAAAACUUAUCAGCAAUUUUGAAGCAACUAAAGAAGAAAAAUCAAGGCAAAAAGAAGUAAGAUUCGUAGAAUAGAAAACAAAAAUUUGUAAGUUACACCUAUUAAACAGUAUAAAGUGCUUAAUACUCUGUCGUAUACUUAAUGGCUCACAUUAAGUAACGCGACAACGGAAAAAGAAUUUCAAAAUGUUAUAUUUCAUAUUCUUUUUUGAAUUUCUGGAAUCUAAUUUUCCAGUUGAUGAGAUUGAAAAAGAAUUUUAUUCAAGGUUUUAAAAAUGAAAAUUUUAAGUUUGCUAAUAUACCGUACUUGAAAGUGGGUGGUAAAUUCAGUUUAUAAAAAUGUUUUAUAUUCAAAAUACU